GGAAGACGCGUCACAGUUUGAGGUGUGGAGGUAAACGUUUAGCUCAGUGCUGCAAGGAAUCAUUUUACUAAGCAUAUUUAUAAUGUCUCGGUUAAAAAGAGGUGAUAAGGGGGACUCUCUGGCGGGCUUCAGGACUGAAAAGACAGAAGGGACAAUUCCUAACGGGUUGCUAAAGGCGGCUAGGAAAAGCGGGCAGCUCAACCUGUCCGGCCGAGGACUGACAGAAGUCCCUCAGAAUGUGUAUCGGCUAAACAUUGACACGCCAGAAGAGGCCCAGCAGAAUGUGUCCUUUGGUGAGUCAGAUCGCUGGUGGGAACAGACUGACCUCACCAAACUGCUGCUCUCGUCCAAUCAGCUUACAAAACUGUCUGAUGACAUCAGACUACUGCCUGGACUCACUGUACUGGAUGAAAAACUGCUAGACUAA